AUGUCUUGUCCACUAAAGGAGAAUAAAAUAGCACAAUUGCUAGAAGAGGAAGACGAUGAAGAAGAAAUUGUGUCGGAAAAAGAAGAUUUCGAAGAACAGAGUGAGCAUGAAAGUGAAACGGAGCAGGAAACAAGUGAUUCAGACACACCCUCAGAUUCAGAAGAAAAUUUCCACCCUCAUUGGCCAUUAGAAUUAGAUCAACAGACUGAAAAUGAAGGGAUUUAUAAAGAAUAUUUGGAAGAUGUGCCAUUGAAGUAUCGUAGACUAGGGAAAUUUAUUGGAAAAGACAAAAGAACUGAGUGGCGAGUCCGUGAGCCACUACGUCGUGUGCGAACGAGAUCUCAUAAUAUUAUUCUACACUUGCCGGGUCCCAUUGGUGAAGGAAAACGUUGCUCGUCUAUGUUAGAAGCCUGGGAUCUUAUUUUUCCAGAGUCUUUCCUACAAAAAAUAAUCCACUAUACAAACAUGUAUAUUUAA